UUCAUCUACAGCGAAUGAAGCUCAUAUCUCAUCAGCACAAAUGGCAUACGCCGGUGGCCAUGCCGGGGCUUCCCCUGAAGCCCUUGGCUAUCCAUCACACAACCAGACGCCACUCCCGCGUUCGCAGUCGGCGGCAGCAGGGUCUGCGUACCCCCGCGCGUCUUCAUAUGCCUCUCAGCACCCGCCGUCGUCGUCGUACUCUUCGCAGUAUUUCCCGACGCCUGCGCAAUCCGUCCAGCUGCCGCAUGGCCAAUACCACGCGUCGCCGUCGCCCACGCACUACGCCCCACCCGCGUCUCCGGAGAUCGAGCGGUUCGCGUGCGAGAAGUGCGACAAGACGUUCUCGCGUGCACACGAUCGCAAGCGGCAUUACGAGUCACAGCACUCGACGCACCCGUACUUGCAUCGUUGCCGCUUCUGCACUAAAGAGUUCAGUCGUGCAGACUCGCUCAAGCGUCAUGUAGACAACGGAUGCGAGAAGGAUCCAUCAUUCCAGCCCGAGUAGAGCUUGUGCGGCCAGAUGUUCUUCUCGCCCCUUUUUUCUUUGCAGUCCGCGGCAUUUGAGUUUGAGCGGGUUCUCAAUGACAUAUUGUAGGAAUACUCACUAAGCCCCAUUUGUCUUGUCGCCGCUUUCCAUAUGUAUACAGCUUUGCGUCCGCUUUGAUAGGUCCGUGUACUUUAGCUCCUCCUAGACCCAAAUAUUGUUCAUAUGACAAAUUUAUUACGUCGUCCCGCGCUGUACCCAGUUGAGUUUUCCAUUUGCCCUAAGUGACUCGCGAUUGCCUAGUGUACUCUCCCAGCCGCGCGCCCCGUUGAUGAUCAGUCUCGGCACACGCAGUAAUAUGAUCUUGGAGACGCAGAGAAGGCGUUGGUCUUGCCAAUGUCGCGAGCACUGGUGUCGUGCAUGUUGACCAGAGAGCGAACGGGCGCUCGCCAGCUCGUUCUCAGAUCGUCACGACCUUCCCAUCAGCCAGGUAUCAUCGUCACUUUCGAUUACGCCAGACGAGCUCCAAACGCAAGCCCCGAUUUUAUCUCGAUGCGCCCCAACGUUCCCGAUUGUGUUUGUGUGAUGAGAGCUCCUACGGGAGAUGGGCAAGCGGAUGUCAAUAACCGGCAAUAAAAUCGGCGUCCACAACUCCUGCUCAUCGGUCGCUGCGCCUGCUUCUGCCGGCGGACACGAAUCAAAUUAUCUCUUAGCGCGGUGGGCCGGCGUGUCGGGCUCCUCGGAUGAAGCAAAUGUGCAUCUUGCUUUGUGACGGCGUUAUGACACAGCGGUCAUGUCCUGAGGAUUACCUGCCCUGUCUACUCUGCUUAGCGGCCCGCUCAACAUUCCGAGGGUUGUGCUUGCUGUAGCGUCCCAGGUUUCGGUAAUGGCGAAGUCCCGCUGUGCUAUCGCAGACCCACAUGUACUCGCGAGACGCUUCUCGCACGAGAAUCUGCGACUGGAGCGGAGUGCGCCAAAGGUCGUACGGCGCAGCGAUGCAGUUGGAGCGAAAGAGAGCCGUCUAGAGGGUUCAGACAGCUCUCCCGUGUGCGACAACAACGGAAAAUAGUCUCUCACCGGCUCCGCUGCGGUUAUUGACAAGGCACAGAACGACAAAAGGCCGCGCGAGGAUAGGCCAGGAGAAGUCUUCCUAGCGAGCCUGUCACCUUCGGGAUCCGAAGACACUGCGAAGUCAUGCAGUCCGCUUUCCAUAUGAUCCCUCCUUUCGGGUGCCUCUGUCUAGGUCCCCAAGCGAGCAGAGGGGCCAUGAGAACAAACGGCCAAUCCGUCGUCGGGUAGUUCGGGACGAGCAGCGCGUGCUCGAGGUGGUCUCCACUCUAUAUUCACAGGCGUAGCACGCGACUCCCAG